AUGGAGUGUCAGGUAUUAACAGGGAGCGAUGGAAAACAGGGUGAAUGCGCAUGGAGCGCGCCUUCAUCCCUCAGUGAUUUUGAAGUAGAGACGGAUGUGGGUUUAGUGAAAGGUCAUGCCUAUUCAGUGACAUCUAUUCUGAAAAUGUCUGUUGGACAGAAGAACCUGUGCAGUGGAAAGUCUGAGAAACUUUUCAUGAUCCGAUUAAGGAAUCCUUGGGGAAACAAGGAAUGGAAAGGAGCAUGGAGUGAUGAAUCUGAGGAAUGGAAAAAAGUGAGCAAAUCAGAGCGAACAAGAUUAGGUCUCACCCUUGAAAAUAACGGAGAAUUUUGGAUGACAUUUGAAGACUGGUGCAAAAACUUCACUGAUGUGGACAUUUGUCGGAUUGUGAACACCUCUUUCUUCAGUAUCCAUAAGACCUGGGAAAAGAAAAUGAUGCGUGGACAGUGGACAAAGAAUCCAAAUGCCACAUUAAAUCGCUCUGGAGGGUGUUUAAACAACGAAGCCACUUUUCUCCAAAACCCUCAGUAUAUUUUUGAUGUUACGAAGGUGGAAGACAAAGUCUUGAUCUCUCUCCAGCAGAAGGACCAGCGGAUUCACCGGAAAGAAGGGGCAGGAGAUAAUCUUGUUAUAGGCUUUGAAAUUUUCAAGGUGGAAGAUAACCGAGAAUAUCGCUUGCACCAGUUGAAAAUACAAGAGAGGAUAACUAACUUCACCUAUCUGAACAAUCGCACCGUGUAUUUAAAAGUGUUUCUCAAGCAAGGCCGAUACCUUUUGAUCCCAACCACAUUUUCUCCAAACACUGAAGGGGAAUUUAUUCUGAGGCUCUUCACAGAUGUUCCAUCAGCACUCAGGGAGCUGAAAUUGAACAAACCCAGAAUGUCUUACCUGGAUAUCCUGCUGGGUGUCCCUAAGAGAAUGUCCCUUGUUAAAGUCUAUAGGGUAGAAGGACUCCAGAGUCAUGGGGAAACCAGCCCCUAUAUCAUUAUUAAGUGUGAGAACAGUAAGGUCCGGUCUCCCUCUCAGGAAGACAGGGGGGCUGCUGUUUUCAACACCCAGGCUGUUUUCUACAAAAGGAAGGUUGACAGCCCCAUUAUUGUCCAGGUCUGGCACAAUGCUUUCAUUGACCGAUUCCUGGGAGAGGUCCGACUGUCUGGGUCACCCAGUGACCCUCAGGAUCUUCAGAAGUACCAACUCCAUGGCAGAGGCCAGCAAGAAGCAGAAGAAGUACCAGGUCAAAUCACUAUCAAGACACUUUCCAGCGAUGACCUGAUGGAGCUAUGAGUUGCGGGGUCUGAUAGGCCCCAAGAGGGAA